AUGCAACAAACUCAAACCACCACCAAGAAAUUGAAUUGCCAAUAUUUUCUCAGCAACCAAUCACUCUUAAGUCUAAGCUUUGGCUCAAACCACCUAGAAAUCGAAAAUGGCAACAAGCUUUGCUACCACAUCAACCAUUGUAGGCUUGGGCACUUCCUCCCUCUCAUCCCCUUCUCGCGUCUCCUCAACAAAGCCAACAGGCCUCACUUCAGGCUUUCUGAAAUCUCCGUUAACCGCGAGAAACCCUCUAAAACAAGCUCAAGCUUCAGGAGGAAAAUUUACGUGUGGAAACUUUCAAAGCGAUUGGCUAAGGAGAGAUCUGAAUGUGAUCGGGUUCGGGUUAAUCGGGUGGCUUGCCCCAUCAAGCAUACCGGCAAUUAACGGCAACAGUUUGACUGGUCUCUUCUUUCAGAGCAUUGGAGAGGAGCUCUCACACUUCCCCACCGGUCCUGCACUCACUUCUCCGUUUUGGUUGUGGCUGGUUACAUGGCACGUGGGGCUAUUCCUCUGCCUUACUUUUGGGCAAAUUGGGUUCAAGGGAAGGACUGAGGAGUACUUCUAAGACAAAAGACAGUAUACUCUCUCUUUAUCUUUUUAUCCAUGUAUCAUAAAACACUUUGUUUUCAGUUUCAAUUCUCAGCUUUGUUUCUUUUCUCAUCCCUGUUACAAAGAAAAACUGUCUUCUUAUGACUUCCUUUGUUCUCUAAUAUUGUAUCUCAUCUUCUGCAUUUGUGUCCA